AAAUUUUAUCGAUCAAUCAUUAAUAAUUAUUUGCUUCGAUUCAUCAUUUAAUAAUGAUAUUCUCUGGACAAUACUGUAACAAUCUCGAAUGUUAAAAAUACAAUACUGAAACAUUUAUUAAAUUAAAUUUAACUAUCCAUAAGAAUAUAGAUGGAAACGGAGGGGGUAAGAAAUCAUAAAUAUUAUUGUUACUUAUUUAAAUUUGAUGACAAAAGAGAAUGCCAGUUGCAAAAUUUCCGUUUAUCCUGUUUUGCGUAGUCGGAGUUUUUUCCUUCGCUGAGAAUCUCCCGGAAAAAAUGUCCCGUCAAAACUUUCCUCAAACUACAUACUUGAUAUUAUUUUCAUAAUUUUUUCUUUGACUUUUUUCAAUGUCAUAAAAGUGGGAAAGUAUAACUUGUUUCGUUGAGUAGAAAAUUAUUGACAAUUCUAAAUUGACAGCCAUUGGCGAUGAUGGGUUUUUCCGAGGAAUGAUGAUAUUGACGAGCGCAAUGACUUCUUCAAUAUGGUUCCUAAUCUCGUGUUAUCAUAAUUUAUGGCAUUGAAACAUAAAAUGCCGAUUGAAAGAAAUGAAUUGAAAUUAAUGGCUGAGUCGUUGAUAAAAUAUAUCUGAAAUUAGUGAAAAUUGCACGGAGAGAAAAGUUUCAUUAAAAAUUACCAGAAAAUUCACCAAACGGUCUUAAAUUUUGAGGUAUCGUUAGAGGAAAAUUACAUCAAACUCGAGCAUCAGUUGAUAUUCUGAAUGAUAAUUAAAAUGGGUGAUCUUUAUUGUUUCUUAGUUAUUCAUUUAUUAUCACUCUUCCACGAAUUCAACAAAAGUAAUCGAUAUUGCGUGUGUGUCAAGGUUGUGCUCUGGAAUUAUUUUGCGUUAUCUGACACUUGAAAAUAAAAAAAUUUCAUUGAACGUUUCGACGAAAAGGACACGAAUAUAGUUGUAGUGAUUGUGUUAUCACUUGGGACUAUCGUUGAGUUAGAACGCUUGAAUUAUUAGACGUUAGUCUUGUGUGAGAUGUGAUAGGAAGUGGUGGAGGUGUGAUCAACGGGAUGUGAUCACACCUAGACGAGAUCAAGGUUAUUCCCUCUCUAUAACUGAUCUAUUCAUGUAGCAGAAGCAUCGUAGUUGAUGUAAUGAUUGCUCAUAAUGAUUCACUCACGAAUUCGUCGACAAUUGCUCUCGCAUUUCAAACUUCCUUCGAUCUCAAAUUGGUAUGUGGACCAGUGGGAAUAACCGAAUAUGCCGAGGAAUUCCGUAGUUACGUUGACGAUAUGGUGGGCGAUGCACGUUCUUGUCUCUGGAAAACUGGAGCGAAUUGCUCUCGAGUCUCACACUGUACUCGAUGACUUCAGUGGAUAUCAUACAAUAUCAAUCGUUCAUUUUCACGUACCACCGAAUGUCAUCAAUAGUCUGUUCAAAUUCACAGCGAAAGAGCUGAAAACUGGUGGUAUCGGCCGUUGCCCCCCUCGAGAUGUCACAGUAUAUUUGAAAUACGGGAGUAUUGCCCUGGCGAGCCCAGAUGGAUCAAAGAUCGGGGCGAAAUUGUUCGAGAGAAGGAGAACCUUUUCUAAUUUCACAUUCAAGAGUGAACUUGAUGAAUAUGAACUUCAGAGGCCUAAUCCAGCUCCAGGAGACUGGUAUGCAAUCGCAUUUAGGUCUUGGAGUGAUCCUGAUUCGGAAAAAAUUACUCAACAAGGUCUUGGUGUAACAUGCUCAACGAUUUUGGACUCAUCGUUAUCAGUAGAGAAAGCGGCAAUCUCUCUAAUGAUUGACCCCAAUAAUAAUUACACAGUGUUUCUGAACCAAACAAAUAAUUCGGCGCGAUUGCAAUUCCUCAUAUCUGAGAGUAACAAACCUGUGAAUAUUUCCAUUUCCUCAACGUGUGCUGAUUUGUGUACGGUAUUAGCGAAUUUGAUAGUGGAGGACGUCGUAACGAGUGUCGUGAUUAAUUUCACUCAUAAAUCCUUAUCAUUCAUACCUUAUCCAGGAUACUUUCACUAUUUAAAUCUACGACUUCUCUCCGGAAAUUUCACCAAUGUCACAGUGUCUUUUGUACAGCCUCCCCAAGAGCAGACAAAACACAAUGAAAUUGACUUAGUGAGGAAAACUCUACCGGAAUUCUUCACCUUUGAUUACGAAUUUUUUAGUGAAAAUUCGACAACUGCAACUCCAGUUAAUAUUUCCAGCAGUGGAUUGACUGUCCUCAGCUUUAAAAUCGGUUCUGUUUAUGAUAUCGGCGGGACCUUGUCAAUUGGAAUCAAACUUUUGAACGAAAGCCGGGACAUUGUAGUCGUUGGAUGUAUAUCGUUAGGAACUUAUCCAAUAAUCACCGAAAAUGGCAGCUGCUCCAUCUCCACCUCGACCGUCCCCGGGGACCUCUGGAUCAAUUCCACCACGCCCCAAUUCCUCCACAUCCCAUUCCCGGAGCCCGGGACCUGGCACUUGACCUUGAAGUCUUUUAGAAUUCCCUCCAACUGCACGUGCAUCCCCUGCACACCGUCCUCUUGCUCCUGCAACUGCAUGCACCCAACACCCACUGCAAUUGAAUCGAGCAUAGGCUCCUCUCCCUGCAUCGAAGGAAAAUGCAGUUCCAACGGUAAAUGCACUACGUACCUGCACAGCGGAGGUUUUGCCUUCUCAGCCUGUCACUGUUACGGAGGCUACAGAGGUUUCGACUGUGCUGACGACACCUACGUCCUAACAGGAGGCAGAAUCCUCGUCAGAUUCCUGAUGCUCACCCUGAGCAACCUCGCCUUCAUAGCAUCGGUCUACAUAGCAUUCAAACGAGAAUAUUACACGGAAGCCAUCGUCUACGGUGCAGUGAUGUUCUUCUCGACGUUUUAUCACGCCUGUGAAUCCGGUGAAGAUGUCAUGGGUGUCUGCAUCACCAAGCUCAGUAUUCUUCAGUUCUGCGACUUUUACAAUGCCCUAUUGUCUAUCUGGGUGACACUGGUGGCAAUGGCAUCCUUCGGCGCCAAGGUCACAUCAUUUUGUCAAAUAUCAGGAGCAAUUGUUCUGGCAUUCGCAGCUGAAUUGGAUAGAACUGCUCUGUGGGUAUUCCUCCUGCCGGCUGUCACCGGGUUUGGACUCAUCGGGUUCUCCUGGGGCUCCAGGUGCAGGAGGCAGAGGAACUUGGGGUAUCCUGCCUCAAGAUAUAAGAAUAUCUAUCUUCCAGCUGGCCUGGGAAUUGUUUCCCUCGGAUUAAUUUGUUAUGCGUUCCUUCAGACUAGGAGAAAUUAUCAUAUUGUUCAUAGCUUCUGGCACAUUUGUGUGGCUCUUGGGGUUGUUCUACUGUUGCCCAAGAGAAAACAUAUGAAAUAGUACAGGACUUCGCUGGAUGACGAUGACGAGAGUUAUGAAGAGGCGAUUCACGCUUUCUCGUCACCCGUCGUCAGCGAUUUUGAUAAUGAGUGCGAUCUGAGUGAUUCGUUUCUUCAUGCUCUUGAUGACUGAUAUGAGGAGGGCUGUGAUCGUCGUGAGGAAAGCCGGGCUUAUUGCAGGGAAAACAUAGAAUUAAUUGUAGGAGGUGGAGUGGUGAGGUAGUGAGCUGCAAUCAUUCGAGUCCACAUAUCUUCUUUUGAUUUUCCAUUGAUGAUACAAAAUUCUUUUGAUUUUUCAAAUUAAAUACAUUCACAGGUGGUAACAGCGUGAGUCAUUUGAAUUGGAAAAGACUUUGCCCGCUUUAGCAUUUACAAUUUCCGCACGUUAAUGUUGUCACCCCAAUUUAUUUUUAAUACUCAGAAUGCUCAGAACUCUAUUUAUGCACAGAGUAAUUGCGCAAAAGUUAAUUAGAAAAUUUGAUUUGUAUUAUAUGUAAAUAUAUCCGAGGUUGUCUCGUGAUGAGCCUAGAUAGUCGAAUUCAAAUAAAACGAAAGAUAUUCAUCUAGA